AUGCUUUCAGGAAAGAUCAUUGAGCCCCUGUCACCACCGAGCUCUCCUCGCAUGUCUGGUCAAGACUACAAGCCAGCACUUCCUGGUUGGCAAACGCAUCAAGACCACCAGUCGUCUUUUGGACAGGGGUAUUCUCAUGCAUCAGGCCAGUACCAGGCUCCUCAGGAGCCUGUGCCGAGCAGCCAUGUGUUGAGCGUGCCUCAAGGUGCCUCGCUGAGAUCGUACAAGACUUCACCGUACCCACUCAAUGCUCAAUACUCGGCGGGUAGUACUGCUCCGAACUCGUACUCACAACACGCCUCAUCGGACCCGAAGCCUCAUACAACGCCUCAGGCUAACGCCGGGUCUGGACAGCAGACAUUAGGCGAGUCGUUACCUGGCAGCCCAUCAUCUCACCCGAGUCCGCACUCGCAAGGAAUCGAUCCUGACGAUGAGAUUGCGGAUGAGGAAGAUCAAGAUGCAAGCGGAGAAGCCGAUGAUGGCGAGAAUAAACCUCCAAUGACUGCAGCUGAGCUGAGAAAUCAAAAGCGCAAGAUGAAGCGCUUCAGACUUACCCACAACCAGACGAGAUUUCUGAUGAGCGAGUUCAGCCGUCAAGCUCAUCCUGACGCUGCGCAUCGCGAGAGACUUUCGAGAGAAAUUCCUGGCUUGAGUCCAAGACAAGUUCAAGUUUGGUUCCAGAACAGGCGUGCGAAGCUGAAGCGUUUGACAGCUGAGGAUCGCGAAAGGAUGAUGAAGUCAAGAGCUCUGCCGGACAACUUUGACAUGACACCCAGUCUCCACAGCAAUUACGGCUCAGCUCCUGGUGGCAUCACACCUGGCCCAUCUCCUGCUAGCUAUGGAACAGUCAUUCACCAACCUGGGCACAUCCGCCCUCUGACUCUCGACACACUCCGACGAGGGGAAAUGGGACCGACCUACAUCAGCCCCACUGGAAUUCCUCCAGGAAUGACAACAAUGGCAUACACCCCACCACAUUCAGCAACAGACACCAUGUCUCCAGUCUCCAGACCGCCUGAGGGUCCGACUUACGGGUACACCCCUCGUUCAACUCUGGACAGCCCCCAAAGGGCCAUGUUCGCAGGACCCCCUCCAUCAUAUACCAGCCAAUACUCUCAACCCCCACGACUCCCUGUGCACGAUCGAUUCAGACGUGCAAGUGGAGAGACUGCCACUUCAUCUCCUCUGAGAUCUAGCAUGUCUUAUGGUAGCCUGAGUGGCGAAAGUUCGCAACACCACUCAGAAGCGAGAACCCCAGGGCUGCAGUCCGAAGGUCAGGGAUAUAUUUCUCAACAGGAUGCGCAGAGGAACAUGCCUCCUCCAAGUGGACCCUAUGGCUUGGGCCUUCCNAGCUUGUUAGUAUUGCUUGUCUCUGAACGCCCCGUAAUUCUACUGACCUUAGUACUAGAUGGCUUCCCAAGCUACCAAUCCAGCGUUCGCCCUGUUCAGGCACCCACUAGUGGCCCUCCAAGCAUCGAUAUGAUCAAUUCAUACCAGAGAGACAGUCAACAAGUGCUCAGCCAGCAUCCUUCAUCAUUCCCCGAAUACCAACAAUACCACAACCCGACCCCUUACUCUACACCCCAGAUGCCUCACUACGCAAAUUUCGGCAACCAAUUCGCUCCCCCUUCUUCAUACUCGGGUCCCUACAUGCAGCGUUCGGAGCAGCAACAGACCCAACCUCAACAAGCACAACAACCUCCUGCACCUGGGGCUUCUAGUGUGACUCAGCGACCCUCAUAUCCUGGACAUCGCAGCAAUGAGUCUGAAGCCGACCACAGCGAUAGCGGUGUUGCCAUCGGCGCUUCCUACUAG